ACUAGGUCGCAUUUUCUCCAUCUGAAUUCCCUUCUCUCAAAGACACUAUCUCCGUGUCUGUCCUCCCCGUAGCCAUGGCCGAAAAGCUCCCACUCCAGACCAGCAGCGCCUUCAACGCCGGCCCCCCGCCUGCGAAAACAAUCGAAGAGACCUAUCAGAAAAAGACCCAGCUGGAGCACAUCCUCCUCCGUCCUGACACCUACAUUGGGUCGGUCGAGAAACACACCCAAACCCUCUGGGUUUACGAGGGUGGCGAGAUGGUCCACCGCUCCAUCACAUACGUCCCGGGCCUCUACAAGAUCUUUGACGAGAUCCUCGUCAAUGCAGCAGACAACAAACAGAGGGACCCCUCGAUGGACUCUGUCAAGGUAGAAAUCAACGCCGAAGAGAAUUGCAUCAGCAUCUACAACAAUGGGGACGGAGUGCCUAUCGAGGUCCACCAGGAAGAAGGGGUCUAUGUGCCUGAGUUGAUCUUUGGGCAUUUGCUGACGAGCAGCAAUUACGAUGAUAAUGUGAAGAAGACAACGGGCGGGAGGAAUGGGUAUGGAGCAAAGCUGACGAAUAUAUUCUCGACAGAGUUUGUAAUUCAAACUGCUGAUGGGAAGAGGCAGAAGAAGUAUAAACAGGUUUUCACAAACAACAUGGGAAAUAAAUCAGAGCCCUCCAUUACUAAGUGCAAGGGAGGCGAAAACUGGACCAAAGUUACUUUUAAGCCUGACUUGGCAAAGUUCAAUAUGACCCAUUUGGAAGAUGACGUUGUUGCUUUAAUGAAGAAACGAGUAGUCGAUGUAGCUGGAUGCCUUGGCAAGACAGUAAAGGUUGAGUUGAACGGACAGAAGGUGCCCGUGAAAUCGUUCCUUGAUUAUAUUAAUCUUUACCUACAAUCUGCUGCUAAGUCCCGUGACGUCGAAUCCGUACCGAGGAUCACGGAGAAGGUCAAUGACAGGUGGGAAAUUUGCGUGAGUUUGAGUGAUGGGCACUUUCAACAGGUCAGCUUUGUGAAUGGAAUCGCCACUAUCAAGGGUGGAACCCAUGUUGAAUAUGUGACUAACCAGAUCGCAAACCAUUUAGUGGCCAUAGUAAACAAGAAAAACAAGGAUGCGAACAUGAAGCCUCACACCGUGAAGAACCAUUUGUGGGUAUUCGUCAAUGCACUCAUUGACAACCCUGCAUUUGAUUCGCAGACGAAAGAGACAUUGACGACUCGUCAAAGCAGUUUCGGAUCUAAAUGCGAGCUUUCUCAAGAAUUACUAAAAAAGGUGGCCAAAUCUGGAGUCGUGGAAAAUCUUCUCUCGUGGGCGGAUUUCAAGCAGAGCAAAGAUAUGAAGAAAACUGAUGGAAGCAAGAUUGGAAGGAUUACUGAUAUUAAGAAGCUUAAUGAUGCUAAUGAGGCUGGGAAGAGAAAUGCUGAGAAAUGUACUUUGAUUCUGACGGAAGGAGAUUCGGCUAAGGCUCUAGCUGUGGCCGGGAUCUCUGUUGUAGGUAGCAACCACUACGGCGUGUUUCCAUUGAGAGGGAAACUCCUGAAUGUUCGAGAAGCGAGUGCUAAGCAGAUAAUGGAUAAUGCCGAGAUUCAACAUAUCAAGAAAAUUCUCGGGUUGCAGCAGGGCCGGCAGUAUGACAGCGUCAAGUCUCUGCGAUAUGGCCAUCUAAUGAUAAUGACCGAUCAGGAUCAUGACGGGUCCCACAUUAAGGGACUGCUGAUAAAUUUCUUCCAUAUGUUCUGGCCAUCGCUGCUCAAGAUUCCUUCAUUCUUGGUGGAGUUUGUAACGCCUAUUGUGAAGGCAACUCAUAAAAAGAGUAAGAAAGUAUUGCCCUUCUACAACAUGCCAGAGUUCGAAUCAUGGAAGGAAAGCUUGGGAGAAAAUGUCAAAGACUGGUCUACCAAGUACUACAAGGGGUUGGGUACAAGUACAGCAAAUGAAGGAAAGGAAUAUUUCAGAGAAAUUGAUAAACACAAGAAAGAGUUUAUGUGGAUGGAUGAACAAGAUGGGGAUGCAAUCGAACUUGCAUUCAGCAGGAAAAAGAUUGAAGCAAGGAAGAACUGGCUCCUCCAAUUCGAGCCGGGGACCCACCUUGAGCAUAAAGAUAAGCGCAUCAAGUACAGUGACUUUGUUAACAAGGAGCUUAUAUUGUUUUCCAUGGCGGAUUUGCAACGAUCAAUCCCAUCCAUGGUUGAUGGCCUGAAACCAGGCCAAAGGAAGAUCCUUUUUAGUUCUUUCAAGAAGAAUUUUGUCAAAGAGGCGAAGGUUGCACAGUUUUCUGGUUAUGUAUCUGAGCACUCAGCUUACCAUCAUGGUGAGCAGAGUCUUGCUAGUACCAUAAUCGGCAUGGCUCAGGAUUAUGUGGGUAGUAACAACAUAAACCUUAUGCAACCGCUCGGCCAGUUUGGCACCCGGCACCAGGGAGGCAAAGAUCAUGCGAGUGCCAGGUACAUAUUCACUUGUCUAUCGCCUCUCACACGGUUCUUAUUCCCAAAGGACGAUGAUGUUCUUCUGGACUACAUGAAUGAAGACGGGCAAUCUAUUGAACCCACUUGGUACAUGCCUAUCCUGCCUAUGGUUCUGGUUAAUGGAAGUGAAGGAAUUGGAACAGGUUGGAGCUCCUACAUUCCUAAUUAUAAUCCAAGAGACAUUGUUGCAAACCUGAGAUGCUUGUUAAAUGACGAGCCAAUGCAGCCGAUGGAUCCGUGGUACAAAGGAUUCAAGGGGCUGAUUGAGAAAUCAACAACAAAGGAAGGCGGUAUGACAUAUACUGUAAAUGGGAUCAUAGAAGAAGUUGAUGAGACGACGUUGAGGAUUACGGAGCUGCCAAUCCGUAGAUGGACGGAGGAUUACAAAGAAUUCUUGGAAUCCAUGAUGUCUGGGACCGAUAAGAUCAAGGAUCCAUUCAUCAAGGAUUACAGACAGAACAGUGGUGUUACAACAGUCCAUUUUGAGGUUGUGCUGUCUGAAGAGAACAUGAAUAUUGCCAAGCAAGAAGGAUUAAUGAAAAGAUUUAAGAUGACCACCUCGAUCAGCACAACCAACAUGCAUCUAUUUGAUGCAAGGGGUGUCAUCAAGAAAUAUGAUUGUCCUGAACAAAUUCUUGAAGAAUUCUUUCAUUUAAGACUCGAGUUCUAUGUAAAGAGAAAGAAAGUAAUGUUGGAUAAUCUUGAAAUAAAACUGUUGAGAUUGUCUAACAAAGUCAGAUUCAUCAUCGGGGUGGUAGAAGGAGAAAUUAUUGUGAGUAACAGGAAGAAAGCGGAUCUGGUCCUCGAGUUGCAGCAGAAGGGUUUCACACCGUUCCCUAAAACCAAAGGCGUUGAUACUGGCGAGGCAAUGGAAUCAGAAGAAAAUGAAGAGACACCAGAGGUGGGAAGAGUUGCAAGAGCAAGUGAUUAUGAGUAUCUACUGUCGAUGCCGAUUGGAACCUUGACGCUGGAAAAGGUUCAAGAGCUGUUGGCUGAAAAGGAAAAGCAAGAAAUGGAUGUGCAGGAAUUGAAGAAGGAAACUCCAAAGUCUCUGUGGAUGAAAGAUCUUGAUGCUUUCAUUACGGCACUUGAUGAGCAUGAGAAGGAAGAAGCCCAGGUGGAGGAGGUGACAGGACAGAUGGAGGGCAGGGCAGGCAAGCCUCUCGCUAAGGCUUCUAAACAAGUAGGAAAGAACCCAAGAAAGAAUAACACCAAGAAAGCUAAUGAAGCAGAUACUGUUGCUGAAUCCGUAGUAUCAGUUAGUACUACAACUGAAACUGGACAUGUUCCCGAGGGGACAAAACCCAAAGGCAGAGGAGCUCCGAAGAAGGCUCCUGCUAGAAAGCAGAAAAAGCCAACUGCCGUUGAUAGUGAAGAAGAAGAUGAUGAGGUGCUCGAGCUGAAAGAACGACUGGCGGCAUAUAACAUUGAUUCUCCUUCAGAUCAAACAGCUAUGGAAACCGAAGAAAGUACCGAAGAACCAAGGAAGGAGCCAAGCAGAAGGAAUACGGCCAAAAAGUCUUCAUCAACCUUUGUUGAGGUGUCCGAUGGUGAAGAUGACGCCAUGAAAACCAUCCCAGAAGAGAAACAGAACAACGAUGACUACGAUGUAGAUUUUGAGCCAGAGCUAAUGCCAAAAGGAGGAAAGAAAGGAGCACGUAAACCUGCAAAUGCUAAAGCUAAACCAGCGACAUCAGGGGGAAGAAAGAGAGGAGUGGUAAAGGCGGUUGUUUUGAACCAGAAGCUGGCAACUGGAAUGCUGAAGGCAGCGGAAAAUGCUGCAAACUCCCCUGAGAAGAAGGUGAGGAAGAUGAGAGCUUCGCCUUUCAACAAGAAGAGUAGCUCUGUAUUGGGCAGGAUCAAUGGCAAGAAGGGUGAUGAUGGAUCCCCGGAAUCAGGCAGCUCGUCUUCUUCCAGCCAUGAAGAGACGAACAUGGUCAUUCCGCCACCGAGGGCCCGGUCGCAGAGAGUGAAUCGUGCACCCGCAAAGUAUGUUGUGAGCGACUCUGAGGGUGAAGAAGAAGAAGAAGAUGCAACUGACGAUUCUGAAUUCGACGCAGAAUAAGAUUAAUAUUAGUUGGGAGGAUGAGUCUUUUUUAUGUACAUGUUCUGAAGGAUUAGCUUUGACUGUAACGGCUAGUUGAAACAUGGGGAAAGCAUUUCUCUUUUCUAACUGAAAUUUGAAAUUCAAA